GUCGCAUCGCCGAGCCCAUCAAUUCGAUCAACCUUUAAAUCGCCCCCUUAGUGUUUGCCUGAAGUUUACAUUUUUCCCCCACGCCUAUAUUCUGUUGAAAUUCUAGCGGCGAAAUAAAAAUGCCGUCGCUUUGUGGAUUAGGAGGGUCCAAGACCGUUCAGCGAAAGCUAGUACUUCUAGGUGAUGGUGCUUGCGGAAAGACAUCGUUACUGAACGUCUUCACGAGAGGAUACUUCCCGACAGUUUAUGAGCCUACGGUCUUCGAAAACUACGUUCACGAUAUCUUUGUGGAUAACGUGCAUAUCGAGCUGUCAUUAUGGGAUACCGCGGGUCAAGAAGAAUUCGACCGUUUGCGAAGUCUCUCCUACGAUAAUACCGACGUCGUCGUACUCUGCUUCAGUGUCGAUAGCAAAGAUUCGUUAGAAAACGUGGAAAGCAAAUGGGUCGGCGAGAUCCAGGAGAAUUGCCCCGGCGUCAAGUUAGUCUUGGUAGCCCUAAAGUGUGAUCUGCGAGAGAACGGGGAAGAGGAUGAAGAAGGGGGUGCUAGCGGAACGGACGGUCCCCAACGAGAAAAGAAGCCGAUGAUCGACUACAACCAAGGGUUAGACGUUGCACGACGUAUUAAAGCGAUGAGGUACCUCGAGUGUUCGGCCAUGAGAAAUCGCGGCGUGAACGAAGCCUUUACCGAGGCUGCCCGAGUAGCCCUCAGCGUCAAACCCAGUGGCGAGGGUGAUUCCAAAUGUGUUGUCAUGUAAUACCGAGACGGAUCGACACCCACAAACUCGACACGAAUUUCCUUCUUUACCGGCCGUGGACAAGCGCAGGAGUCUGGGACCAUGAGAAUAUUCCCCUUUUCUUUUCAGCUGUACUUACAGCACAGUACGCCAGAUUGUGUUUGACGAACCCUAUUUUGUACC